CGGGAGAGAGGAUAUAGAUGGCGGCCGCACCGGCAGAGCUGCUCCGGGAGUGGGAGAGAUGGCAACUUUGCUCCGGCGUGCACUGCGUCACUCUACCGCCGCCGCUCUGAAACGAAAGGCUGCCUGCGUUUUGCACAGCAGGCAGUCCAAGCUGAAAGAGGAGAUGAUCGACCACGACACUGAGGACUGGGAGAAAGCAGAGGGCUUCAGAGGGUUGGAGCGGGUCGGAGGGGUGGACCUGUCGUUCAUCAAGGGAGACGAGGUCAAUGCCUGUGCCGCACUGGUCGUCCUCAGUUAUCCUGAUCUGGAGGUUGUCUACGAGGAACUCCAAAUGGUGUGUCUGAAUGCCCCUUACAUCCCGGGGUUCCUGGCGUUCCGGGAGACGCCCUUCCUGGUGGAAGCCGUGCAGAGACUGCAGCAGAAGGAACCCAGUCUCGUGCCCCAGGUUAUUCUGGUGGACGGGAAUGGAAGUUUACACCAGAGAGAGUUCGGUGUGGCCUGCCACCUUGGUGUCCUCACAGACUUGCCAUGUGUUGGAGUGGCCAAGAACCUCUUGUGGGUGGAUGGUCUGGAGGAAAAGAUCCUCCUGAAAGAAAAGCUGAAAGACCUUCAGGAAGCAGGUGGCACGUACCCACUCACAGGAAGCUCAGGCAAAGUGUUAGGCAUGGCACUUAAAAGCUGUGAGCGCAGCACUAAGCCCGUUUAUGUUUCCGCGGGUCACAGAGUCAGCCUGGAGACGGCCGUCAGGCUCACCCACUCCUGCUGCAACUUCCGAGUGCCAGAGCCAAUCCGGCAGGCUGACAUUCGGUCCAGGGAAUACAUCCGCAAAAAGAGCAAUGGGUCCUGACAGGAAAUCUGGCGAGGUAGGUUCCCGGUGGAAAAUGUUGACAAAGAAGCGUCUGGGUGGGAUUUACGCUGAAGUCUGAGCCCCGAGUGGGCGGCUGUAAUUGUAUUAAGCGGCCAUCUGGGAUAACCCGGAGUCACGUGAGCUCCCAGCAUUGGCACCGACCGUGAAAGCCACAGGGAAAAGGAAGGAACCGAGGCACAAGGAAACAACCCGGUCGACUCUUAUCCCAGAACGGAUAUUGCCCCCCACCCAGUCACGUCACUCCGCAGCCCGCCACGGCGGUCGGUGCCCGCCAUUGUGUGCCAGCCCGGCUCUCUGUUGCUCGCAGACUCGUGUGUCAGAAGGUCGCGGGUUCGAAUCCCACCCGCACUCCGGCACGUGGAGCCGAUACGUGUGGCGGGCUGGGUGCUGAAAGCCGGGGCUGAUGGCGGGUCACGCGGAACGUGGAGCCAGGCCGGAUUCCGCUGAGCGCAGGGAGCGGACAGGUCGACGUAGAAUUAACGGGUCCCGGUGGAAGGGAGGAGCAAGGCCGUACAGGGCUUCGAGGCUUCCACUUUCUCUCGGAGAUUGUCUUUCUCGGAGCGGGCUCCCCAGGUGGGAAACGGAGCCUGCGGAGGAAGGUCCCGCAGGGGGCAAGUGUUAAAGCGUUGGUCCUCUCUCUCUCUCUCUGGAGAUCGAAUCCAUUCGUCAUUCUGAUAUUAAACUGUACAGAUGAGAGAGCACUUUGAACUGACAGUGCUCCCCACCCCACCCCCAAAGCCCCGGGCACUCCUUCUCCUUUAAUUCCUCGCGUGUAAUAUAUCUUCUUUUAUUACAUUCCCUGCAAACCCGAGCCUGGAAUCCCAUUUCAAUCCAUCAUUUUUUGUGUUGAAGCAAUAAAUAGCAACACUGA